CGUGAUCCCCCAGCCUCAGCCGCAGCCGCUGCUAGUGCUGCCGCUGCUGCCGCGCGCCUGGGCGCCCGAGCCUGUGCCGCUCCGCCCGCCGCGGCCCGCGGUUCGGCCGAGCGAUGCUGCUGCUGGCCGCCGCCUUCCUCGUGGCCUUCGUGCUGCUGCUCUACAUGGUGUCUCCGCUCAUCAGCCCCAAGCCUCUCGCCCUGCCAGGGGCGCACGUAGUGGUUACAGGAGGUUCCAGUGGCAUUGGAAAGUGCAUUGCAAUUGAGUGCUAUAAACAAGGAGCAUUUAUAACUCUGGUUGCACGAAAUGAGGACAGGCUGUUGCAGGCCAAGAAGGAAAUCGAAAAGCACUCUAUUAAUGACAAACAGGUGGUGCUCUGUAUCUCAGUUGAUGUAUCUCAAGACUACAACCAAGUAGAGAAUGUCAUAAAACAAGCUCAGGAGAAACUGGGCCCAGUGGACAUGCUUGUCAACUGCGCAGGACUAUCACUGUCAGGAAAAUUCGAAGAUCUCGAAGUUAGCACUUUUGAAAAAUUAAUGAGCGUCAAUUACCUGGGCAGCGUGUAUCCCAGCCGAGCAGUGAUCACCACCAUGAAGGAGCGCCGGGUGGGCAGGAUCGUGUUUGUGUCUUCUCAGGCGGGACAGUUGGGCUUGUUUGGUUUCACGGCCUACUCUUCAUCCAAGUUUGCCAUAAGGGGAUUGGCGGAAGCUCUGCAGAUGGAGGUGAAGCCGUACAACGUGUACGUCACAGUGGCCUACCCACCCGACACCGACACCCCCGGCUUCGCCGAGGAGAACAAAACGAAGCCUUUGGAGACUCGACUGAUUUCAGAGACCACAUCUGUUUGCAAGCCAGAACAGGUGGCCAAACAAAUUGUUAAAGAUGCCAUACAAGGAAAUUUUAAUAGUUCCAUCGGCUCAGAUGGGUACAUGCUCUCAGCCCUGACCUGUGGGAUGGCUCCAGUAACUUCUAUCACUGAAGGACUCCAACAGGUGGUCACCAUGGGCCUUUUCCGCACAAUUGCUCUGUUUUACCUGGGAAGUUUCGAUAGCAUAAUUCGCCGCUGCAUGAUGCAAAGAGCAAAAUCUGAAAUCGCAGACAAAACUGACUGAUUUGUGGAAAAAGACUGUUUCCAAAAAUGAUUUGAACAGCUUGCUGCUACACGGGACCCACCUUUUGGCCUACAGACACUAUGUCUUGUCUUCGAAUAUGUGGUUGGACCAGUGCUCUUCAGAAGCAAGAGGAUAGAAGUUCAUUCCGGACAAUGUCGUUACACUAUGCAAACAUGGACCAGGAGCGUUUGGUUUCUGGCCUCUGAGGUGGCACGGUGGUGGUGUGGGAACUGAUAGCACAUAAACAGGGUAAAGAACAGAAUGCGAGUGAUGACUUAAAUUGUUUCUAUUUAUUCUCUUCUUUCCCCCAUAGAGAUCAAGUCCAGAAAUGUACUUUAUGGCACAUAAGAAUAUGUCUUGAGGGCUUUUAAAAACUUUCCAUGAAAGUCAGUUUAUGGAUUUCUGGGGCUUUUUUUUUUUUUUUCUGCUUUUUUUUUAACUUGGUGUAUUUUACUCGAGAUGAGUUUUACUCAUUGCCGGUGAGUCUGAAUUACUGAGUCUGAGUGUCGUGGACACCUCUGUGCUGUGCUCGGGGGUCUGCUGCUGGUGGGCGCUCUCUCCCUCUGAUCCUGUGAAGCUACGGGGGAUGGGAGAGGCAUUGCAUCGAGAGGUAAGGAGAUCAGACUUUUCCAAUCUUCCUUAGACCCUAAUGCUUAGGAACUUUCCAUAUUUUAUUCAUGGGGAAAACAGCAUCCUUAAAUGUUCUCUGAAGAUAAAUAAAAUCUUAGAAGCUUAAAAGUUUACAGUUUCUUCAAUAGCCAUGGUGACCCGAGUUCCCCUCUCCCCGUGCAUUUGAGUGUCUGUUGUUCUUCCCAUCUCUCCCUUUCCAGUUUUGCUUAUACUACUGUAAUAUUUUUGCUUAAAAAAAAAAAGACCAGCUAAGACUUUUCAAAUUAAUUUGUGAAUUCAUUAAAACAAACAAUUAAAAAGUGUGACCUUCUUAUCCUUGUAGCAUAGAUGUAGCUUUUAGGAAAGGCUGAUGAUUGUUGUUUUAGAUCGUACUCAUUCAGAAAAAAGAUGGCUAAUUUUGAAGAUUCUCAUUUUUGAAAUAAAAUGAGCACCUGUUCUCUCUGUCUCCACCACUGACCCAGAGAACAGGAUCUUCAGGCCACCUUUAGUUGAGGAAACCCACUCAAACCUCUAGCUACCGAGCCCUGGAAGUCUUCCCCACCCAUGAAUGGGGGGUUGGGUUGUAGGAUUUGAUGUAUGUGGAGUGGAUUCCCACAGCAAGUGCCUCUGAGGAGUCUCAGCCACUGUUCCCCGUUGCCCCUUGUUGGUUGUACGUGCUCCUCUGACUUCAGGACAGUGUCCUUCCUCUUGAUGUUAUGCCAGUCCCUUCCCCCUUGCAAGUACGGUACCCCAUUCCAGUUCACUUCACUGGGAAAAGACCUCUACUUUUGAAGAAGAAACUUUUUUACUAUUCCCUUUUUUUUUUUUUUUGAUGUGUGUGUGUGGUACUGGGAAUUGAAUCCAGGGGUGUUCUACCACUGAGCUACAUCUCCAGUCCCCCCCUUUUUUUAAAUUUAUUUUUUGAGACAGGAUCUCGCCAAGUUGCUGAGGCUGGCCUUGAACUUGCGAUUCUCCUGCCUCAGCCUCCUGAGUUGCUGGGAUUACAGGUAUGCACCUCCACCCAGCUUGAAGAAGAAACUUCUUCAUUGUUAAAACAAAACAAAAAUGAUCAAAACCAUAGAAAUGUAGCCAGGCUUUUUUUUUUUUUCUUUUGAUUUUUUGAAGCUCUUGACUUUAAAGUGACUUUAAGUUUUUUAAACAGUAAGAUGUUUAAUGGCUCCGUGAUGUCUUUUUUUUAUCAAGAUCUGCAUAUGGCAUAUUUUAAACACUGAUAAAUACAGGAGAAAUUAUUACAUAUGAGUUACUAUAUGAGUUACAUAUGAAUUAUUAUAUAUGAGUUACUUGGAAUAACUUCAUUACAGUUUACAGGAGUGGGUUGAUGCCAAAACGGUGUCAUAGAUAUUUCAGUCUUAUAUAGCCAAAGAUUGCAGACGAUGUCGAGUCACAUUGUACAGCUGCAAAAAUGGAAUAAUGCCUGUAUUUUUCUAAUUCACAGAAAACAAUUACAUUAAUAUCUGGAUGGUCCUUAAAUUUAUUCUUCUCAUAUAAAUGUUCCUUGAAUGUUGACACCUUCUACUGCUGGUCUGUAUUAAAAUGGAGUCCAAGAUGGUGUCUGAUUAAAUAAAAUUAACUAUUUAACAGUAGUUAUUUCAGCAUACUUUUUUUUUUUUCAAAUUAUCCUUAUAGAGAAUACUGUUACUCCAGGGAAUCUGUUGCCCUAACACAUUUUAAAGCCCAUAUUCUGUGGUGAGAUAUUGUCCUUAAACCAGUGUAAGUCUAGGCAUGAGAGCAGAUUCGCAGAGAUUGUAAUGCCAUGCAAUGAACCUUUGUCAGAGAUGGUUAAGGCCUACACUCCCUUAUUCCAAAAUCUUUGAAACCAAGUUUGUUUCUCUUUUUUCUAAAUUUUAUCCCACUGUUUAUUUGUUAGCAAAAUUUGACUUGAACUAAUGGGAGAUUAAUGUAGUUUGUGCCACUUUGUAUUGCCCAAAAAAGUAGCAAUAGGUACGAUUCCAGGUAUUGCCAAGACUUUGGAAGUUCUAUAUUAGACAAUGCAUGCCCACAGUACCUUUCAAAGAUCCCACAAAUUUUGAAUUCUGAAACAUAUCUGGCCCAAAAAGUUUUGGAUAAGGAACUAUAGACAUUUAAGCAGCAUCCCCCAGGGCUGUGACUUCAUCCCAGGCACAACAAUGUUAAAAAGAAAAUUCUACUUCUUAAUCUGUUUUGGCUUGAUUCUUGUACAACUUGCUUUUCUGCACAGGGGAAGAAGAGGAAAAAAACGAAAAAGGGAAAGAAAACCUCAGUCCAAUUGUUAGGGAAACUAUGAAUUUUCCCCCCUUUUUUAAGAUCAUAUUGAUUCAGGGGCUGUGGACCUAGUUCAGUGGUAGAGUGUUUACCUAGCACGUGUGAGAACCUGGAUUCCACCCCCAGCAACAAAACAACAAAAAAACUCACAUUGAUUCAAUAUCUGCUAUAGCCAAAAGUGGGUAGAUCUUCCUUACGGCAACAGAAGUUUUAAUUUUUUUUCCCUUUGGUACUGGCGAUUGAACCCAGAGCUUUGCACCAUCUCUACCACUGAGCUACACCCCCAGCACUAGAAGUUCAAUAAUGAUUCUGUUGAAAUGUUGACUCUGUGUGACCAUCAACAACUUCUGUGAAUUUCAGUUCUGAAGUGCCUGCUCUUCUGGGUUUGGUUGUUCUAUUUUAUUUUCAUUUACUUGUGAGUAUAUUUAUUAAGAAUUAACAUGCAGCCAUACAAAUUCUAAAAUAUGUUCAAGGACCCUUCAUAAUUGAAAAAUGUAUAGUAAACAAUUCUCAUUUCUUUUUACAAAAAUAAAAAUCUUGGCCUGGGGAUGUGACUCAGUGGUAGAGCCUGGCAUGCCUGGGGCCCUGAGUUUGAUCCCCACCACCACAAAAAAAAAAAAAAAAAAAAAAGUUAUUUUCUAAAAAAUUUAAUAAUAAUUCACAUAGUGAAAAGAAUAAAAUUUUAAUCUGGUUAUGAUGUCUCUUUACAUUAAUUAGUACAUAUAUUUAGUUUUAUUUAUCUGGAUCUUUCAAGCCAUAUGUUAUUGAUUCUUGCAAGUGAAAUUUUAAGAGACUUUCUAAUACUUAGAUGAUGGGAGCCUUUUGGUAACAGUUGCUUCAAUUCAAAUAAUUGUAUUUUUUGUCCUUCUAGAAGAGGUCAGUACAUAAUUUUUUCUGAAUUAUGUCAUCAGAUUUAAUUUUAUUACAUCGUGUUCUAAUUUAAACGUGUAUUACUCACUUGGGGACGCUUUUAAAUAUUCAUACUUUUGAUGUAAAUGCUUUGUAUCUUUCUCAUUUCCUUUAGUUCUUAGUAACUCAGCUUUAAAAAGUACUUGCUGACCAUAACCUUCCAGUUGUGGAUGGAAUCACUGUUCACGUUACAGUUCAGGGUAGCUGUGGAUUUGAUAUUUCAAAGAGGAGAAUAGUUGCUUUUAUAUUUUACACUUGCUUGAUGUGACAACUCUAUAGUGGUUUUUAAAUUGAAAAAGAGCACAUGGCUAUUUUGAUACAUUUUAGAACUUGUGUUGGCUACUUUAGAAGCUUUUGUGGCAAAAUUGUAACCUAAUUUUCAUAUCUUGUAUUUCUGAAUCACAACAAAAAAAUAAAAGAGGAACAAGCUUUACAAAUCUGAGAA